CCGCCUCGCAGCGGGGGCAAGGUGCGGCGGUGGGAGGCGGCGGCGGAGCGGCUUUGUUGGCUCGGGGGGGAGCGGCGCCUCGGCGAGAGCCCACCAUGGUGCAGCAGGCGGAGAGUACGGAGGCGGAAAGCAACCUGCCCCGAGAGGCGAUGGACACUGAAGAGGGCGAGUUCAUGGCUUGCAGCCCCGUUGCUCUGGACGAGAGCGACCCGGACUGGUGCAAAACGGCGUCGGGGCACAUAAAGAGACCGAUGAACGCGUUCAUGGUGUGGUCUAAGAUCGAGCGGAGAAAAAUCAUGGAGCAGUCCCCGGACAUGCACAACGCCGAGAUCUCCAAGAGGUUGGGCAAGCGGUGGAAAAUGCUGAAGGACAGCGAGAAGAUCCCUUUCAUCCGGGAGGCAGAGAGGCUGCGGCUCAAGCACAUGGCUGAUUACCCCGACUACAAGUACCGGCCCAGGAAAAAGCCCAAAAUGGACCCGUCGACCAAACCCAACGCCAGCCAAAGUCCCGAGAAAAACGCGCCCGCGAGCAGCGGCGGCAGUAAGAGCGCCAAGAGCUCCAGCAAGAAGUGCAGCAAGCUGAAAACCUCCUCCGGCUCUUCGCCCCCCAAGCCGGGAGCCAAAACCGCCCACCACGGGGACUACGCGGGAGACGAGUACGUCUUCGGCACCCUGAAAGUGAGCAGUAAGACGGUUAAGUGCGUCUUCAUGGAUGAGGAUGAGGAUGAGGACGAGGACGAGGACGAGCUGCAGCUGCGGAUCAAGCAAGAGGCGGAGGAGGAGGACGAGGACGAGGAGCCGGGGCCGCAGCAGCUGCGGCGGUACAAUGUGGCCAAAGUGCCGGCCAGCCCUACCUUGAGCUCCUCGGCGGAGUCCACCGAGGGGGCCAGCCUGUACGAGGAGGUGCGGGGCGGCGCCGCGGCUGCGGGCGGCGGCAGCAGACUCUACUACAGCUUCAAGAACAUCACCAAGCAGGGCCCACCGCCGCCGCAGCAGCCGCCCGGCCUCUCCCCGGCCUCCUCCCGGUCCAUCUCCACCUCGUCGGCCGGCAGCGAGGAGGCGGACGACUUGCUCUUCGACCUCAGCCUCAACUUCUCCCAGCACGGCCACGCCGCCGCCGAGCUGGGGGCGGGCGCCGCCGCCGGCAACCUUUCCCUCUCGCUGGUGGACAAGGACCUGGACUCCUUCAGCGAGGGCAGCCUCGGUUCCCACUUUGAGUUCCCCGACUACUGCACCCCGGAGCUGAGCGAGAUGAUCGCGGGCGACUGGCUGGAGGCGAACUUCUCCGACCUGGUGUUCACGUACUGAACCGGGGAGGCGGUGAGAGCGGCGGAGCUGGAGCGGCGCGACGCCGGCGAUGAUGAUGAUGAUGAUAAUGAUUGAAAAAAGUCUUGUUU